CUCUUCCGCUGCGACUUUGUCCAGCAAAAGAAAAUUCCUGGUCAUGUAGAAAGUGACCACCGGAACCUAUCACGUAUCGCAGGCAAAAUCUGGAGAGGCAUGAAGAAAGAGCAACAGAAACCGUGGAUUGACCUUGCCUUGAAAGAGAAAGAGCGCCACGCUGCGAUGUACCCUGGGUAUAAAUACAUGCCUGCGCAGCAAACUUCA